AUGGAUUUCUUGUACAUUGUGACAUUUGUCGGAGCUUUAUUGUAUUGUGAGGGCCGGUAUUUCAGACCGUUUCCCAUUUCAUCAGAGCCCCAGUCUGUCUUUGAUGCUAUUGAGAGGAAUACAGAUUUACAUUACAACGACAGAGAUAAUGGAAUAACAGUCAUUCGAGAUGUAGACUUCCGGUCCUGUUACAUCACAGACUACGAUCCGGAAUGGCGGCUGGACCAGGACAGUAAAAUUGCCGUCAUGUCGGCUGUGACCCCCAAAAUAAUGAGGAAUGAGGACUUACUCAGUCAGUUCAUUAACCGAGUUGGUCCAAUUGUUGGCAAGCUCUGCAGAACAAGUAAAAUAUACGAAGUUAAACCUACAGACAUCGACCACCACAUCGACCAGUCACCAUCUCCACAAGGUGCUCCCGUACCUCGGAAAAUAUAUUACGACAGCGGAGAACCUAGAGUUCCAAAGCCAUUCAGGAUCCCCACCAAAAGACCUGAGUUCCAGGGACAUGAAGAGCAUGAAGAAAUUAGAUUUCCCACAAAAAGGCCGGAAUUCAGUGGUUUCCAACAAGGACCGGUUGCGCAUGAGCAACAUGUUCGUCCAUUUCCUGCGAGACAUGACGCUGGACAAUUUGUGGUUCCCAGACCUUUUCAGCAAGCCAUUCCUCAGCUGAAACGCCGUGUUCACGGACAAUCCCGAAAAUAAAGCAAAGAAGAUGAAGUCGUUGUUUUUGUUCCUAUGCAGCUUGGGACACCUUAGAAACUAAGUUAGAUGUAAGAGAGGAGAGAUCCAUAAAUCAGGCGCAAUUUAUUUUCUUUUUAGCGCCUUUCAUGAGUUUUCGAAGUUGCAUUGUUAUCGUAUAUUUAUGAUUAUUUCUUUUCAAAUAAA